CUCAGAUGAUUUGUAAACUUGUUGUUAACAUCUUCAAAAAUGUCUGGAGAUCCUAUAUGGGAGAUUUCUCAUCAGUUCACUCUGGUGGCAUCUCUGGAAGCCGCCACUCGCACAGAAAGACGGAAUGCUGCAACUAACAUCCUUCUGCGGUUGCGUUCAUUACAAGUCUUGAGUAUCAUUGAUGAGAACACUGAUCUAAAGAAGAAGAAAGCUUUGACAUGGGAUAAUGCUUUCAAGAAUGUUGGAAUAUUUGUUGUGUCUGAGUUGGAUUACAUCAAGAACCUAAAAACUAUUGAAAAGAGACAAAAGGAAAUUGUAACUUUUGUGCGAGGUUUCUUGAAGAAAGCAGAUGAGCGGGGUCCUCGUUUGAAGGCAGAAGAUGUAGUAUGUCAUUUUAUGAAGAUAUUCAAAGAGCCUAGGUAUGCUAGCCAGAUGGGUCUUGAGUACUGCAAGCAAUUAAAGAACAUCCUGACUGUUCCAUUAUAUCAGCGUGACAUUACCAAGAAGACAUGGAAAGAAUUGAUUCCUACAUUUGUGUCCUUUAUGGAGGAAAAACCUUCUUGGUUGUCAAAUGGACAACUAACAGUGGCACAGAUUCUUAAUCUCUUGGUUGAGGGAGCAGCAACUCUUUACACACUGACGGGAAGCCAACUCUUUAAAUUUUUUGAAAAGAUCUUAAAGGGGAUUUGGAAUGAUAAUAAUAUUGUUAUUGUGGAACACUUCCUUGCUGCACUGAAUGCUUUUGUUAAAUCAAAUGGAGAUGACUGUCGUGGCCAGGUCUGUCAUCUUGGAGAAAGUGUGUUUCCUUGCUUGCUCACAAUGUGGAAAAGAACUCGGGGUGUUAACUCGUCCUUGAAGGAUCACCUGAUACAGUUUAUGAGACUACAGAUUUGUGCACAUCAUCCUUUUGGAGCUCACGAAGAUAGUGAAGGGGGCUGGAGCAGUAGUGUCAAUCAUUGGAAGGAAUGUCUCCAAAGAUUGUAUGGAGCAGUUAUAGCUGAUAUAGAUCAGUUAAAGAACAAAGUGUCACGUUCCUCUAGUAUCAAAUUGGAUCCUGGUCUUACUUUGCAAUUUAUUGAGCUUGCUGCUGAUGUCUUCCAUCAGGUGUUCUGGGGGAAAACAAGUUAUCAUAGUGUGAAUCAUGUACAGGAUGUUUCAUCUGAACCAGGAGCAAAACGGCAGAAAAUUGAAGUUGGCUGGAAUGUUGCAAGAGAAACUUUAGACAAGAGCUCUGAAAAUUUGGUUUUGCUUUCAUG